UAGACUACGGUUUCACUUUUACUUGGCGCCCCAUCGCAGUCGCGCCCAACAGCAGUCGCCGUCCAGUCGUCCAGGAUGGGGACGCUCGGCGCAGCGACCAUGGCCACGCUCCUGACCGUCGUCGUCGUCCUCCUCCUACCGCCGCCGACGGCCGCGACAGACCACGUCGUCGGGGGCUCCAUGUGGUCCAUCCCGCUGCGCGACGGCCAGUACCUCGCCUGGUCCUACAACACCACGUUCUACGCCGGCGACAACCUCGUGUUCAGGUUCCCGAUAGGGUUCUACGACGUUGUGCAGGUGUCGAGGAGGGAGUACGAGGACUGCACAGCCGACGACCCCUACAGCAACUUCCGCGUCCCGCCGGCCGUCGUCCCGCUCGACUACAAAGGCAUGCGCUACUACGUGUGCAGCGUCGGCAACUACUGCAAACUCGGCAUGAAAUUCCAUGUCACCAUCCAACCACGCUAGCCUGCCUGCUCACACCAUUUCCUUCCUCAAUUCAUCCGCAACGACUAUUGUUUCUUGACAGUCAACAGUACAUUAUGAUAUGUAUAUGUAUGUAUUGCCAGGCAUCAUUAAUCAGACCAUUCCAGCGUUGCUGAUUAGCAAGC